GUCAGGGAAGAACAAGUAUAUAAUGCCUCCCAACCCAUGCACCAAAAUCACCAGCUAUAUUGAUACUCUCGCACAACUACUGUAUUAACCUCGCUGCUCUUCAGCUAAUUGCUCUUCAAGGCUCAAGCCUUCAGUUCACAGAAGGAGAUAAAAUGAGCUGGACAGCUGGAGGAGAUUGGAUGUGCAGCGCAUGCCAGCACCAGAAUUUCAAGAAAAGGGAAAUGUGCCAACGUUGCGGGUACCCUAAGUACGGCGGCCCUGAUCCGGCAACCUACAUAUGCAAUGCAACAAAGGUUUUGGCUGGGGACUGGUAUUGUUCCGCCAUGAACUGUCAAGCUCACAACUAUGCUAGCCGGUCAAGCUGCUAUAAUUGUGGUGCAUUAAGAAAUGAUCAUGCUGCAGGUGGGUAUGGAAGCAACGCUUAUGGAUCUGAUGGAAGUGAUCCUCCUGGAUGGAAAACUGGUGAUUGGAUUUGCACCAGAUUGGGAUGUGGAGUCCAUAAUUAUGCUAGCAGGAUGGAAUGCUUUAAAUGCAGAACACCGAGGGAAUACAGUGGUGGAUAUUGACAGAAAGUUGUAAUUACAAAGACAACGUGGAUCUUGACUUCCUAUGACCCUGGCUUCUCCUCAAACACUUUCUCUUGGUUUCAGUUUUGAGUUAACAAUAAGCUUUAGGCUGACAUUGAUCCAAGGACCUUUCCCAGAAGCACAGGCAUGUAUUGGAGCUGAGAAAUACUCUCUGGCUUCCUUAAUUGUGUUCUUGAAAUCUAUGAAGCUUAAGAAUUUUUCCCUCCCUUUAA